AUGGAGGGCGAGAGGGGAGGCCGGAGCGGCAUAACUAGACCGACGGUGGCCGGAGUGGAGCUCGGCGUGCGCGCUCGAGCGGCGGCCAUGGUUGCGGGCAUAGGGAGCGCUAGGAGAGGAAAAAGAGGAGAGGAGAAAGGACGACUAGUGGCAUCCUCCAAAGAUCACCGGCGGUGGCCUGGCGGGUGGCGGUCCUGGAGCACGGCUGCAGGCGAGAGGAUCUCAACAUAUACUUCAGGGAAAAGCACACCAGCAUGCGGCCUAAGUCGCGAGCUGCACUCCAGAGGUCAUCUGACCUACAUUCUAGACGGUGACAAUCUAAGGCAUGGGUUAAACCGAGACCUCCGUUUCGAAGCAAAGGACCGUGCUGAAAAUAUACGCAGAGUAGGAGAAGUAGCAAAGCUGUUUGCAGAUGCUGGUCUGAUCUGCAUUGCUAGCUUGGUAUCACCCUACAGAAGUGAACGCAGCGCUUGCCGUAAAUUACUGCACAAUUCUGCAUUCAUUGAGGUGUUUUUGAAUGUCCCACUUGAAGUUUGUGAAGCUAGGGAUCCAAAAGGCUUGUACAAGCUUGCCCGUGCAGGAAAAAUCAAAGGGUUUACUGGAAUUGAUGAUCCUUAUGAACCACCUUCUGACUGCGAGAUAGUGAUACAGUGCAAAGCUGGUGACUGCGCCACGCCUAAAUCGAUGGCUGAUCAAGUUGUGCCAUACCUCGAAGCAAACGAGUUCUUACAGGAUUAG